UUCCUCCGUAGCAGUGCGACCUCGCGAACCGGUCGUGCUUUCGUACCUUCCGUGGCCCCGUUUGUGCAGCAGCAGACACGGCCGUCUGCUUCUUUCACUGUGUUGCGUGUGCGCAUUUGUGUGUCUAUGUGCAUGUGAGACUUUAUUUUAUUUUUUCAUAUUCUUACCGCGUGCAAGUGGUGCUGCCCGGUCAUAUAGCGUUGCGUGUGCGUACCGCCAAGAAAUUCACGAGCCCCGAACCGCUGCGAGAGUGAGGAGUAGCGGGUGAGAGCUUUUCGUUGGUGGCCGGUUUGGCACAGCGCAUAGCAUUAACACCGAACGGCUAAUCUGUUGAGCCACCUGCCGAGGGACAACCUCCAACAGCGCUGCGUGCCAUAAGGACGGAGGAGUGUGAUAAAAGGGCGGCUAAAGAUCUCCCGCGGGGAAAACGGUGCUGGUGACAUUAUCAGGCGUGUUGGUGGUGCAAAACGUGGCCACUUUCGGCUAUAUAAAGAGCAGCGCCAAGUGGGCACAGUGGUGCGAUCGACCGCUAGUGUUGACGAACAAGUGUGUGAGAAGAUCGUGUGCCGAUCGGUGGAACCGUAGCUAAGACGGACAGAAUCAAACACACCACAUCCCAGAGCCCAAAUGACCAGCACCACGAUGCAGACGGUUAUCAAAAAUCCGAGCUGGUGGCGUCGCCGCACUGCCCUGGAGAAGGUACUGACGCUUAUCAGCGUCGUGUGCGGAGUAGCCGUGGUGGCGUUAAUCAUUUCGCUCCUCACCGUAGUGCUGACGGACAGAAUACAGAGUGAAAGUAGCUCAUCGUCAGCUCAACCCUUGACCGCCGGUAGACGUGGCAAAGCGCUCAACAAACACCCCAACACGGUGGUAGACUCCGGAAAGAGUGCGGAAAACAUCUGCCUCACACCAGGAUGCAUCCAUUCUGCUUCCAAGGCGCUGGAGCAGAUGGACCAGGAGGUGGAGCCGUGCGACGAUUUCUACAACUAUGCCUGCGGCAAGUUCGUCAAGGAGACGGUCAUCCCGGACGAGAAGGUGUCGGUGAACACGUUCUCCGUGAUUGGCGAUCGGCUUCAGCAGCAGCUCCGUUCGCUGGUCAGCGAGGAGAUCUCCGACAGUGAAGCGACACCGUUCAAGCUGGCCAAGAACCUGUACAAGCUGUGCAUGAACAAGACCCGCAUUGAGGAGAAGGGCAUCAAGCCACUGCUGGACAUUCACGAAGUGCUCGGCGGAUGGCCCGUGCUGAAGGGCGACAGCUGGGAUCUGGACUCAUCCUGGUCGUGGGUUAAGUCGGUGAAAGAUUUCCGCAACAAUGGCUACAGUACGGACUACUUCUUCGAUUUCUCCAUCGGCAGUGAUCUGAAGAACUCCACUCGUCGUAUUAUUGAUACUGAUCAAGCUUCCCUGGGCAUUAGCCGUGAGUAUCUGGUAAAGGGCAUGGAAAACCCGAUCGUUUCCGCCUACUACAACUACAUGGUCGACAUGGCCGUCCUCCUGGGCGCAGAUGAGGAACGUGCCAAGCGGGAGCUGCUCGAUUCGCUCAACUUCGAGAUGGCGCUGGCGAACAUUUCGCUGCCGAACGAAAAGCGUCGUAACGCUACCGCCCUCUACAACCCGAUGACGGUGAAGGAGUUCCAGCAGCGCUAUCCGUACACCGAUUGGUUGGAGUACUUUAACGCUAUCCUGAAGGAUACGGGCAUCGUUAUCGGCGAGGAGGAGGUGAUCAUUGUGAGCGUGCCGACGUUCAUGGAGCAGCUCGGACCGCUACUCCAGAACACACCGAAGCGCGUGAUGGCUAACUACGUCAUGUGGCGCAUCAGUGGCUUUUCGUCCUUCUUCCUGACGGAGAAGCUGCGCAAACGGCAGCUGCAGUACAGCACUGCAUUGAGCGGCAAGCAGGAGCAGGAACCGCGUUGGAAGGAGUGUGUGGAUAUCACCUCCGGCAGCUUGCCAAUUUCGGUCGGUGCGCUGUACAUUCGCAAGUACUUCCGCGAGGACUCGAAGCGUGCCGCGCUGGAUAUGGUCAACGACAUCAAGAGCGUGUUUGUGGACAUUCUGAAGAAGGUCGACUGGAUGGAUGAGGUGACGCGGGUGUCGGCGCUGGAGAAGGUUUCCACCAUGGCCACCCACAUCGGGUAUCCGGACGAGCUGAUGGACGAUGCGAAGAUUGCCGAGUACUACAAGGAUCUUGAGUUCCAGCCGGACAGCACCUACCUGAACACGAUCCUGUACAUGAACAAGUUCGGCACGACGAAAGCGUUCAAGAAGCUGCGCAUUGCGGUCAACAAAACCGACUGGAUCACCCACUCCAGACCAGCGAUCGUGAACGCUUUCUACUCGUCGAUCGAGAACAGCAUUCAGUUCCCGGCCGGUAUUCUGCAGGGCCAGUUCUUCUCGUACGAUCGCCCGAAGUACAUGAACUACGGUGCGAUUGGGUUCGUCAUCGGGCACGAGAUCACGCACGGCUUCGACGACCAGGGCCGACAGUUCGACAAGAACGGCAAUCUCGUCGACUGGUGGCAGUCGGACACCAAGACGGCCUACCUCGAGAAGGCUCGCUGCAUCAUCGAACAGUACGGCAACUACACCGAGCCGAACGUGAAGCUCAACCUGAACGGUAUCAACACGCAGGGCGAAAACAUUGCCGACAACGGGGGCAUCAAGGAGGCGUACUACGCGUACCGCAGGUGGACCGAAAAGAAUGGCCCGGAACAGCGCCUGCCCGGGCUGAACCUAAGCCCCGAGCAGAUGUUCUGGCUGUCGGCCGCCCAAACCUGGUGCUCGGUCUACCGCCCGGAGACGAUGAAGAUGCGCAUUACCACGGGCGUCCACUCGCCCGGCCAGUUCCGCGUGCUCGGCCCGAUGAGCAACAUGCACGAGUUUGCGAAGGACUUUAACUGCCCGGUCGGUUCGCCGAUGAACCCGGAGCACAAGUGUGAGGUGUGGUAGAGAGCGAACGCAACGACAAACGCUCAUGGGAAAAUGGGACCGGCCACGACGACAGCGUUCGAUGCGGGCCGGUUCCAAGUGGUGCAAAAGGAACCCGAGCAACAGCAGCCGUGGACAACAGUGCGGACAACAAACACGCACCACCUUACUCGGAUUCGUUACUUAAUUUAUUUAGUCCGCUGUUUUGCGCUAACUCCUUCAGCAGCAGCAGCACACGAACACACGUUCUUAGGUGAACGAAUGCGACUUACAGAAGCAGAAGGAAAAAAAACCCGCAACAGUGACACAUCCCAAUUGUUUCGGGGCGUCUCACGUCGGGCUUUCUAUUACAUAUACCUACAAUCUCUUCUAUUUUUUUGUUAUUGCAAGAGAAGAACACUAUCUACGACCGUUUUUAGCAAGGGUUUGGGCCCAGAUGAGCUUAACAUUAUUCAUAGACGGUGGGGUUUACAUCGAGUUUACAUACAUAGGUGUAAAUGGCGGCAAGCAAAGCAAAAAGCGCGCAUGCACACGGUCCCCGGUGAGCGCCGUGUAGCGCGGAACCGUUACAAAUUAAUUUAAAUUUUCCUCCCUUCGAAUUCGCCACAUUCUGUGUCGCAAAUAGGGGACGACAAAACAAAUCGAACAACAGGUAUUGUUAUCAGUAAGCGUAUUUUUUUGUUUUGUUUGGUCAAAAUCAUCCGGGCGGCAGGGAAGUGUUUGCUUGCGGGGGGAGGGUGGGAUUGGGAUGGAUACCGGCAUCCCUGCGAUCGAGUCCUUAAACGUUUCUUCUCUUUGCUAUUUUUAAGUAGAUGAUAUACAAAACUAUUAAGAAAGAUUCUCAUGCAGAGUGAACCGUGGGUUCUUUCAUUUUAUCAACAUACAAAUAUUGCUUUAUGAUAUUAUGUGUCAUAAAUACAAAUAAACAAAUGUUUUUGUACAACAAUA